CGUCUUCUCCCCAAACUCCGCACCUCCGAUAUUCUGAUCGCUUUUGGUGACCAUGGAAUGACAGCAACUGGCGAUCAUGGAGGUGAAAGUGACGCAGAGGUCGAUGCUGCCUUUUUUGCCUACACUCCUCGUGGUUUUCCUCGCGUCCCUCAAACAGGACUCACUGCUGAGGGAUCCUUUGAGGCUCCUCUGCCUAGUGUUGAACAGAUUAAUCUUGUACCUACUCUUGCUGCUCUUACUGGCACCCCCAUUCCGUUUUCAAGCCUCGGUGUUGUACUCACUCAGCUUCUGGAAUCGGAUAUUACGCGCUCAGUGAAUGAAAAUUUCAAGCAGGUUGAUACAAACAUUCCUAAAGAAACUUGUGUUCAGGAAUUCCAGAGUAUUUUCCGUAUUCACUGGACCCGAAUGGAUGUCUGGAGAAUAGCUCUUGGCUUUACCUUUACUCUUGUUUCACUUCUCACUUUCCUGUGCCUUGACAUGGAUGACUCAAUUAACUCGGGAUUGCUUUGUCUUGGCGCUACAGCUGUGUCUAUUCUUUUGGCAUUUUUCCACCUAACUGCUUUGUCUUUUAUUCCUCUCAUUUUGCCUUUUUAUCGACUCGGUGCUAAUUGGAUUAAACGGGUACUUUGGACAGCGAAUUGGAACAGCAUGAUGGCUGCUGUAAUACUUACCAUUGUAGCACUCACGGCGUCUUCAAACAGUUUUGUGGUACAGGAAGCUAGUGUUCUCACCUAUCUACUGCAGACUAUGCUCAUCCUUACUGGAAUGUGCUUGAUUGGAGCCAUAAAAUUACGUCGCUGGAACACCUUUAUUCCUCUCAUUCUCUGCUUAUGUUUACUCUGGAUGGGUCGAUAUCUUGAAGUUUGUCGCGAGGAAUCGCCUGGUACAUCGUCUUGCGUUGCUGUUAGUGAUACUACUAAUGACUCUGCAAACUCAAGAAACAAUAGUCUAGCCUCAUUUUUACUCACCCGUCUAUCAGCUCUGUCUGGCGAUAGUCUUAGCCAAGUCGCUGGCCCACGUCUAUUGAUGGCUACUGUAGGAGUCGCAGCAGUACUCUUUGGGCAUCGUUACCUCCUGACAAGUUGGGGAAAUAACCUCCUUGGAGAAGGAGUGAUCGGCUUCCUUCUUAAUGUCACUGCCUCAAUUGGAGCAGUCUUGUUACCAUUGAUGUGGCUCUUGGAUAUUUUAUUGGCUGCUUCUCAUGGUGGCUCCGAAUCGCUGCGGCAUUUCAAAUUCCUACAUCCUCAGUAUCUUGCUAACAUUAGAAUCUAUAUCGCUAGAACAGUGUUCGCAAUUAGCGGUGUGCUGUUUGCCGUUCUCAUUUAUCGACCGCUUCUUGUGACCGCAGGAAUUACAAGUAGUGAAAAUGGAAAAGACAAUGAUGUCUACCUAUCCGGUAUAGCUACGUCCUAUACCUCCUGGAUUCUCACUACGCUGGUUAUAGCACCACUUCUUCCUCUCAUUGCUCUACUUGGAGAUUUAUAUGUGUGGCCGUGCAUUGGUCUUCUAUUCUGUCUUAUUGUGCCUCCUUUAUAUCUCUUUCAACGACCUCGCAAGUUAUCAUCGCAGAAGAAGGUGGCUAAGGAUCAACAUUUACUGCUUAAAGUGACGUUGCUUCUAGACCAGUCGACAAAAUGGGCACCAGUAAUUUACGCUUGUCUUCUCAGCGAAUUGGGAUUCUAUUGGCUGGGUCAUCAGCCGACCUUUUCUGCUAUUCCAUGGGAAGCGGCUUUCUCUAUUAUAGCAGGAGAGGAUGUGAGUUCUGCCACUGUUCUCCCUGCAAUCUUGAUUCUCUCCCAUACAUUCGCUUCGCAGAUUAUCGUUACUGCUGCGCUACCACUUCUUGUUCUACUUCCGCUACAUAUGGCAACUAAGGGUUCUGUAACUCUCUCGGAAACUUUGCUCAUGCCCAUUCACUCCGAGACUUGUUCCAACGCACUUCGAGCGUCAUUCAAUAGACUUUUCCGUCGAUAUCUAAUUGCUCAUUUCACAUUGUCUUCUCAUUCUGCGGAUUGGGUGUUGUAUGCGUGA